AUGACUUCCAUCUACACUGUACCCGAAGAACAUCUCCAAGGCGUGCUGCCCACCCUGGCAACUGCAAAAAAUGUUGUCCCACGGAUCGUUGCGCUGGUCGAGGCAUGUUGGGAAUGGUAUGGGAAGCAGUUUUCCACGGCGGAUGACGAGGAAAAGAGGAACAGGGAGCUUGGGUUGCGAAGGGUCAUGGUAAGUAUCACCUACCUACGUGCGAUACACGUCAUUGGAGAGUGCGAGGACAUUGAACUUCCUCCGUUGAUGGACCGCGUUUGCGAGGAAGUCUUAGGGAGCAAAUCUGGGGAGUUCAAUUGGCAGGUUUUGGAAGACCCCUCCCCAGAGCCAGCGGAUGAAUUCGAGGAGCUAGAUGUCCUCAUGAGCGAGUGGCUUUCGGCACAGCCAUCCGAUCCCAAGGGGAAAGGAAAGGCUAAGGAGACUUCCGAGAUCGCAAAGCCUGGGGGUGGUUCGGAGACUGGGAAGCCGAAAGGCAAGGGUCAUGGGCAAAAGCGUAAGGCGGACGUUUCGGUGGAAGAGGGCAAGGACGUGGUGCGGGGGAAGAAGGUGAAGAUUCAGGCUGGAGGGAGCGAAGCGGGACCAGCUCCGCCUCGCGACGACGACGACGAUGAGGCGGACUAUGACUACCAGGCAAUGGGUGCCACGGUCACUCCUGGCGUCCGACGACCACGUCCCAUCUGCAAUCAAUGCAUUAGGCGGGGAGAUUCCUGCAAAUCUGAGACCGCUAUCCGAGGCCAGGCCUGUGAUUCCUGUCGGGCCAAAAAGAGUCGAUGCAGCUUCGUCGGCAACAAGGGUCCGAUGAACCUGAAUCAAGUCACAUCACGAUCCCCCAAGGAAGAGGUUUCGACUCCCUCGCUGGAAGGGAAGGUUCAAGCAACGGGUUCAACGUCGAAGGCCCAGGGGACUGGGAAACCGAAGCCAAAGUGCAAGACGGACAGCGGUCGAAAUACAAAACCAGCAGUCCAGACUGCGCAAGUGCCUGCACACCGACAUCCACACUGCCUAAUGAAUUUAUGA